AUGGAUCGGCAGCAGGAGGGCGACAGGAAGCGCGCGCGGCAGGGGGAGGAGGAGUCCGUGGCGGCGGCGACGGGGAGGCGGCGGCAGCAGCAGCGGGCGGCAGACGCGGUGGCGGAGGUGGCCUUCGAGGAGAUGGCGCCGGCGGCGGCCGUGGCUCAGGCACCCGCGCCGGCAGCCGGCGGCGGCGAGGCCAGACCCGGGGCGGCGUGGCAGCGGCCCGAGGGGGUGUUCGAUUUCCCGUGGCAGAAGUGCCGCGGCGGGCUCGGCGUGGCGAGCGGCGGCGGCGGGUGGGAGCUCCGGGACGAGUUCUUCCGCUCGCUCGUGGACGGGCGCGCCGCGGCGAUCGGGGUGCCCGGCGACCGCCUCUCCGCGCCGCCCAGCAAGCGCACCCUGUUCGACGACGUGGACGCGUGGCUCGCCACGGCCGGCGACGGCGAGGUGGACCCGCUCUGGCGGUCGGUGCUGGAGGCGGGGCCCAGGCCCGCCGCGUGA